AUGCCUACCCGUCUGUCGAACACCCGCAAGCACAGGGGUCACGUCUCCGCCGGUCAUGGACGUGUAGGAAAGCACCGCAAGCAUCCCGGUGGUCGUGGUAUGGCUGGUGGCCAGCACCACCACAGGACCAACAUCGACAAGUACCAUCCCGGUUACUUUGGUAAAGUUGGUAUGCGCUACUUCCACAAGACCCAGCAGAAGUUCUGGAAGCCCGUCGUCAACCUCGACAAGCUGUGGUCUCUCAUCCCCGCCGAGAAGCGCGAUGCCUACCUCACCAAGAAGUCCGACAAGGCGCCCGUCCUCGACCUCCUCUCGCUCGGCUACUCCAAGGUCCUCGGCAAGGGCCGUCUUCCCGCCGUUCCCAUCAUCGUCCGCGCCCGCUACGUCUCUGCUGAGGCCGAGAAGAAGAUCAAGGAGGCUGGCGGUGUCGUCCAGCUCGUCGCAUAA